AUGGAUGACGAGACGGGAGAGAUGGUCCAUCAUGAAUAUGGAACGAAUGCACAACCCGCGUUUGCGGAUAUGAUACACCUGAUGAAUCUACCGUCGGAUUACCUGCCGCAGACGGGGAAACAUAGGAAGCCGAAUCGUUUGAUUAUCGUGGGGGAUGUGCACGGAAUGAAAGAUGCGCUGGUGGAUCUACUGGCCACGGUGAAUUUCGACGAAAAACACGACCAUCUAAUCCUAGCCGGCGAUAUGAUAUCCAAAGGACCCGAUUCUCCAGGGGUAGUCGAUCUCGCGAUGAAGCUGGGAGCGUCGGGAGUCAGAGGAAAUCAUGAAGAUAGGAUUAUUCUCGCACAUGCCGAUAUGGUGGCACAACAUCUGGAAAUGGAAAUGGAUGCACCCGGGCCGAGCGAAGAUCCAGAGAAAGUGAUUGAUGGGUUGGAGGAGGUUAGUUUUAGUCAUGGAGAUUAUAAGGAUCGGGCAUUAGUGAGGGCAUUGGGGGAAAAGAGAAUUAAGUGGCUGAAGAAAUGUCCAGUGAUUUUGAGAGUGGGACAUCUGGAGGGCAUGGAGGAGGUGGUGGUUGUGCACGCUGGGUUAACCCCGGGGGUGGAAUUAGAGAAACAGGAUCCGUCUAUGGUGAUGAAUAUGAGGACUAUGAAAGAUGGGGUACCCAGCGAAGAAAGAGACGGAAAACAUUGGAACAAGGUCUGGAAUAAACAUCAAAAGAAACUACCCAAGAAAGAACGCACGACCGCCAUCUACGGUCACGAUUCCAAGCGAGGUCUUCAGUUGGAGAAAUAUAGUAUGGGUAUAGAUACGGGAUGUUUGAAAGGCGGUAAACUUACCGCUGUGGUCAUUGAGGGUGGAAAUUCGACGCCGAAACAUAAAGUUGUGCAUGUCAAGUGUAAGGAUGGCAGGAAGCAGUAG